AUGGAUGGGUUAGUAGAGAUAAAUAUCCAGUGUGACUUCAGAGAAAGUGACAAUUAUGGUAAUAUGGAGGUUGAUGGUAGUGCUCUUCCUGAGUCAGAUUUGGAAGAAGAUGAUAUUAGGGAUACCAGUUUAUUCAAUGAUGAAUGGGAAUCUGAGGAGUUAACUUCUCCUGACAUCAGUGAUGAAGAAAGUGAUGUUGAAGAGGGAUAUGGAAAUUUUAUUACAUUCACUAUGCCAAAAAAUAUGGUUGAUUUCAACUGGGAGGUGGGAACAUAUUUUGGGCACAAAAAAGACAUCUUGGAUGCAAUCAAAACGUAUGCACUAGAGAACGGAAAAAAUCUCAAAUUUAUUAAAAAUGAUAAGAAAAGAAUCAGGCUUAAGUGUGUGGGAGAAAAAGGAGAAUGUCCUUGGAUGGCUUAUUUUUGUUACAUGGAGGCAGUAGAUACAUGGCAAUUGAGGACUAUGGUGGACAAGCACACAUGCAGUAGGGAGCACAAGUUGGGCGUAUUCAAUGCAAAAUGGCUAAGUAAGAAAUUGGAAAAAACAAGGGCGAAAGCCUAUGCUUCAGACGAAGUGGAAGGGUCCUUCACUAUGCAAUAUAGUAGAAUUUAUGAUUACGCUUACGAGCUAUUAGCUAGAAACCCAUGGUCCACUAUCAAGGUCAAAGUUGAGGAAAAUGAUGGAUACCCAAUAUUUUUGAGGUUCUACGCAUGCUUCAAGGGAUGCAAAGAUAACUUUGACUCAUGCAGGCCAAUCAUUGGCCUAGAUGGAGCCUUUUUGAAAGGUAGACAUCGUGGUGAGUUGUUAACUGCUGUUGCUCGAGAUGCAAAUGAUCAAAUGAUGCCACUCGCAUAUGCCAUAGUAGAGGUCGAGAACAAUGAGACUUGGACAUGGUUUAUGGAGCUACUCAUUGAAGACCUAGGUGGACCUGACUUGUGUUCUUCACUUACACUGAUAUCAGAUCAACAGAAGGGACUGUUACCAGCUGUACAAGAUCUACUUUCUGGAGUUGCACACAGAUUUUGUGUAAGUUGGUCUGUACAAAAGCUAUUUGAAGUUAGACAUGUGUCCCAAAGUGGGGACAAGUUUGUGGUGAACAUAGAUGAAUAUUCAUGCUCCUGCAAAAAAUGGAGCAUUAGUGAAAUACCUUGUGUUCAUGCAUUGGCAGCAAUGAGAUUUCUCAACCUAGAUGGAGAGGAUUACAUACCUGUAUGCUUUCUCACCUCAACGUAUGAAGAAAUGUACUCCUCUAUUAUCUAUCCUAUUAAUGGAAACAACCUGUGGGAGGUAACCGAAUAUCCAAAUGUCAUGCCUCCAUCAAAAAGAAAGUUUCCUAGUCGUCCUAAGAAGAAAAGGAGGUUAGAGCAGUGGGAGUUGAAGAAAAAAAGCACCAGAAUGAGCAAGGGUGGAUUGGUGAAGAGAUGUAGCAAGUGUAGGAAAGUAGGUCACAAUAGAACACGUUGUCCCAAGACAAACCAAGAACUUGUUGUGCAGGCAUAG